AUGAUUCGAGAAUUGCCAGAAGGCUGGGCUUUGGGGCUGGCUCACUGGGCUGUUUGGUUCAUGCCCGAAGCGCUGCAGGUCGUGGUGAUCCAUCUGGUGAUGCCCCUCUAUGAAGCAGCGGGGUUUGCCUCCAGUCUCGCGGUGACGAGAUCAACUACCGAUUCCUGGUCAGCAGAGUUUCGCCUACUUACGCAACAUGCUCUGGAUACACUGAGGGACAUCGAAUGGAGACCCUUUGCCGUUAGCCUUGCAUGGACGGCCGCUUCCAGCCUGGCGUACAUGCGCAUCGGGUCGCCCAGCGAGCGCCUGUCCAGCUCUGUCGGUACGUCUCUGACACGCGUGCUAGCCAUCGCGGCCGUCGCCGCGGCGUCGGGCGUUACAGUCGCUAUUCGCGAGGCAGCACGCGUGCCUGCAGAAUUGGAGUUGAGGAGGCGGGCAGUAGCUGCUGUUCCUUCUUCGCGACGAACAGCAGCGCGAGCGGCAAGAAGGGGACCAGGGGAGACGCCCUUCGAGCACCACAACGACGCCGCCUACGACGCUUUCGCAUCCCGCGCCACCGCUGCGACGAUCAUUCCGGCCGUUGCAGCGUCGCGCCAGCCUGCAAGCUGGCUCGACCCUACACUGCGCACCUAUCUCAAGCACAUCAUGGGGCUACGCCUCCUAUCCCUCCUUCUGGAUCAGGUCUCCCUAUCUGCCUGGAGCACCUGCUUUGGCGUCUUCACUCCCGCCUACGGCGUUCAAUCUCCUCCGUGCCUCUUUUCUCUGCACGGGCGCGCAGACGAAGACGACGUGACCACCAGUCGCGGAGUCGCCUGGGCGCUGACGCGAGCGGUCUCCAAAGACAGGCCUUUGCAGUUUCAGGGGAAGGAGGUGACGUCAGGUCUCGCAGCGAUACUGUUCGAGGAUCUGCGGUGUUGCAGUGUUGCAGUGGCAGGGCGCGGUCACGCUCGCUUCCUGCGACUGUUGACGGCUGGGGCAGCAGGAUGUGUCGCAGCUCUCACCGCGAUGCAGAGCGACGUUCUGGUCAUGUUGAGGAGUAGGGCGUUAUUGCGGUGGGCUGUCGCAACGCAGCCUGCGAUGAUGGUAGAAGCGCUGCCCGGUCAAGGGCGAAGUGACGGGAUGAGGGCCGACGACGACGCGACGCAACCUUUGCUCGUAAUCUCUGAUGAUGAUGAGGAAGCGGGCCAGGAGGAGGAGGAGGAGCGCGUGGUUACGGACUCAACCAUGUCUUUGAGGCAGACGGCUAGCAUGUCCAACGCCCUCGGCCUCGAGACCCGCGAACAGCAAGCAGCCAGCAAUCAAGACUUCGAGGACGCAUCGUUCCUGCUCGAACCACCAAGCUUCGCCUCCGCCACGCCAUCUACGACGGCAAGCCCGCUGCAGUACCCGCCUGAGGAUAUCGCAGAGCGUAAUGACCUCGAGAAUGUCGACUUCUGGACACACAGUAUCGAUCUCCUCGCAAUGCCGCGCUCUUCGAGCGGUGCAGACGUUCUACGCUACCCCGUGCAAGCAAGGUUGGACUCGUCGGCGAGGAGACAGGACGCCGCCCCCUUCAAUGCUGCCCUGCGAGUUAGAUUGGGCCCAGAGGAGCGAUUCGAGGAUGACUUCGCCGGGAGCGAGACAGAGAGCGAGACAGAGGAGGUUGCCAGCGUAGCGACUGAGGAGGAGGAAGAUGUUAGCUGGCGCACAGCCAGCUCGCCAUCGACGGCAAGUACGCGUCGCACACCGCCGUCACGACACUCUGCCUAUACGACUCCGUCGACCCGAGGGGAUCAAGCCGACGUCGGUGCAUUCGACCUCCAUCUCGAUCUCCCUACAAUGGACAUGGGCGAGGCAGAAACUCAGAAUGUUCCAGCAGAACAGCCCCAUGCCGCCGCCAGCAAUCUCAACGAGCAGCAAGCCUGGGCCCCUGGCGCACUCGAACGGACAGCGCAUCUACUGCUCUCCGCACGCGCUCGCGAGCUAGCAUACGAAGCUGCACUUCGUCGAUUUGAGGCGUUGCCGCCACUACCAGAAUCACUGCAGCAGUUCGUGCCAGCCCCUCCGCUCUUGCCUGCCGUCUUCGCUGAUGAGGAGCAGGAAGCCGUCGCGGCCGAGGAAGGCAGGCCGACGGCAUCAUGGGCUCGAGUGCUGUUCUCAGAUUCGGCACGAAGCAUGCGAGAGCUCCUGAGCGAGAUGAGGUCGGAGGAGGGGACGACGGCCGCUCGGCGAGCUUUGGUCUUUGCGAGGAUUGUGAGGACGCUUACCCACGUAGCGCUUGAGCGCCAAACGAUCUAG